AUGGCUGAACACCAUGUCUUACCGGUAUCUGAUCACCGUUCACCGACAAAAGUUUACCCUCUAGCUAACGGCGACACCUCGCAGCUCUACCCAUCGAGGCCCCGUGUACAUUACGGAAUGAAAAGAUGGGCAAAACUCACUGCUCUUCCGAUCCUCAUUAUUGCAGCCACCAUCUCGCUGACUGCUUUAGUUUGUAUCCUCAUGUAUUUCACUCUCGGCCCCAAACUCCCCGUUCUUUUCAUCAACUCAGCGUCAGCCUCAAACUUAUCCACCGCCAACACUUCAUUGAGAGCCAACUGGGACAUCAACCUCACCUUCAAAAACUCAGACCGGCUGUGGGAGAUUUCCUUGGACUUUGUUGAUUGCAUUGUAUUCUACCAAGACGAAGACUUCAGCCUGGCCGUGAACCACUCAGUUUUGGGGCCGGACGCCAAGCCUGUCAAGGUGAAAAAGAUGAAAGAAACCACAAUGAAUGUGAAAUUGUCCACUGGGGAUCAUUUUUCUUCAUCAAAUAAUGUAUUGAACAAGAUAAACGAUGAUAUCAGAAGCGGGAAGGUGGUUUUUAAUUUGUCUGUGAGAGCUAGAACCAGAUUUGAGGGCGUUUCUUGGCUGUGGUGGACAGAAGGAGGGACUAUAAUUUAUGUUUGUAUGGAUUUAAAUGUAGGGUUUAAAGAUGAAAAAGGGGUAGGAUUUUUAACUGGUGAGACACCGGUAAGGUGUUAA